AUGUCUUCCCAAUCCAACAACCAGAACAAGAACGUCACCGGCAAGCCCGUAACCAAAGCCAAGGUAGACGAGCAGAUCACCCACGCGCUCUGGAUCGGAGACACCAACGAGACCAUCCAAGUGAUUGCCUCCAAGGUCACUAUCCCGGCGAGAUUCGGCCGCCGUCGCACCAACACGGCCCCCGAAGCGGGCAACAAGUACGGCACAAGCAAUUACACCGACACUGCACCGAAGCACACCUACGGUCCGAAUGGAUUUUGCACUUACCACCCUGAGGGAGAGGAUGAUGGUCGUCUGGAGGAUUAUCAGUGGGAGGCGCUUGAGAAACAAGGUGCUUGGAAUUAUGCUGAGGAAUUUGAGGGCUGGAGCAUUGGAGACUCGUGA